AGGAGCAAAUCUUCCUGACUGGAGUUCAGUGCUGGAAAAGACAAAAAAAUAAAGACUCUGGAUGCUUUACUGCGCCUGACACCUCGCACAGCGCCCGCUGAGGAGGCGCUCGGAGUUCUGAAGAGAUUUGCUGUCUGUGGAACCUAGUCACGCUCAGCUGUGCGCCACUCGCCGUAGCAAUGCUCCGGAGAUUGACGCGUCCACAACUGCUUUUUGCUGCCGCCCUUGGAGUUGCUGGAGGAAUGUAUAUUUAUCAACCAAUAUUUGAACAGUAUUCCAGAGAUCAGAAGGAAUUAAAAGAAAAGGUGAAAAUUUUGCAAGAAUCAGAAGAAAAGAGGAGCUAAUUCUGCAUAAACUGAAAUUGUUUUCAUUGCUUAAAGUCCUGUUGACAUCACACAUGGACUAUUAAUCUAGCAAGAAUUUAGUGUGUUUUAAAUAAAUCAUGGGUAAUGGAUCUAAGUUAUUUAUGGAUGUAAUUCUUCAUUGGUUUGUUUUGGGGCAAGAACUCACUAUGUAGCACAGGCUGGCCCCAAGCUCUAAGCUGUCCAACCAUAACUUUCUUUCUAGCAUUUGUUUUUUUAGACAGGAUCUGUCUCUGUGGCCAAUGCUGGCUUCAAACAUGCAAUCCUGCCACUGGUGGGAUUAGAGAGUAUCACCAUAUCUAGCUCAGAAUGAGAUGCUUCAUUUUUAAAAAUACUUUUUAGUUAUAUGUAAUUGUGUGUGCACUUCUUGUGGUUUAUGUACAUGUGAGUGCAAGUGCUUGUGAGGCCAAAGUUGUCUUCUAGAGCCGGAGUCACAGAUGGUUGUGAGCUGCCAUGCGGGUCCUAGGAACUAAAUCCUAGGUCCUCUUCGAGAGCAACGAGCUCUUAAGUGUGGAGCCAUUUCUGCAGCCCCGACGUGUUCACGUUAAUAUUCACUCAUGCAUUCGCUAUCUCGUGUCUUCUUUUCAGAGUAGGGCAAAAAUUUCCUACUGCAUAAAUUAAUUUAGCAUGUUUAACAAUUAGUGUGUACUUUUAAGAUUCCCCUUUUUGAGCUGGAGAGAUGGCUCAGCAGUUAAGAGCACUGUCUGCUCUUUCAGAGGUCCUGAGUUCAAUUCCCAGCACCCAAUUGAUGGCUUAUAACCAUCUGUAACUGUAGUCCCAUGGUGAUCUCCCCUGGUAUGCAGGUUCAUGCAGACAAAACAUUCAUAUACAUAAAAUAAUUUUUAAUUCCCUCUACCAUGUACAAUAAAACCACACAAAUGUGA